GUAGGGUGAAGGUCGAUUGAGGUACAAACGCUGUGAGUAGCGUAGGGUGAAGGUCGACUGAGGUACUUGCGCAACAGAAGCAAAGAGUGAAGGUUGAUGUCGAGGGGGCGAAGCGAUAGGUGCGCGGGGCACAACAGGCUAGCGCGAGAACGCGACCGGAGCCUGUCCGUCAGAGGGUGGUAUCGUAUGCGGAUGCCCACAAUUGGUUCGAGAGAGUUGCAAUACAUUCUGUGGAGAGAAGCAUUCUUCACCAGCACGAGGACGUGCUGCAUUAUGAGUGGUGGAGAAUGUCACGACCCGAAAUGUCGUGACCGUGUUGAUCGUCUGAAGAACGCUGCCAUCUGGUUGUCUUGCCACGAGAAGGGUAAAGGGGGAGACAUUAGCGAUAAGGCAUUGUCUGCCUGUGCAUUGCAUCUGGCCGAGUCAAGAUGUGGCUAUGAAAGGGAUCGUUGCAAGAGAAGGCACAACUGGUCGGAGGCUAUUGCCGUCUCCCUGAUGAGCCCAAGGCAGGGCGAAACCAGUUGGCAUACGUAUGCAGAGAGGCUGGUCUUCAGGAAUGAGUGCACCUCAAGACGCCGCACGGACUUCGGAAGUCUAUGUCCGUGACAGAGCUCCCUGGACUUUUCACACGGCCACAAGGGGUCCCCUACACGGCCAGUGUGGCUUGCCCAUGCAAUUUGGUGUCACACGGCCAGGUCACACGGCCGUGUGGGUUUUUAGGCAUGUUCGUGUGGCUUCCUCAGCUUCUCGCCAAACGUCCAAUCUUCAUCCAAUCGACCCCGAAAUCGUUCCCAAACCUUCAUUCACGUACUAGGACCUAAUAUAUCACAAACAAAAACAACCUAGCGUGAAACGACAUAAAACAAGAAAAAUACG